CGACAAAAUAGUACAAUUAUACCGAGCCUGUUUGGAAAUGGAUGACACCUUGAACAAAGGAGAACAUAGGAGAACGAAGAUCUACUCAUUUGCCUUACUUGGGCAAUCUCGUUUUGAACAUUCCACUGCUCCAUCCCAACAUUUACAGUCGUUACAGUCAUCCUUAAAUGUUUUUCCACUUUGGUCAACAAGCUUGUUCGAGCCAACUCCUUCUGUCUCGACUGCGGCCAGUACCUUUGUGAGAAAUGCAAGAUGGACCACAGGGGAUUUCGUAUAUAUCGGCGCCACACUUUCAUCGGAGGAAAAAGCAUACCCGGGAUGGUUUUCAACCAUGACGAGGUGUGUGGAAGAGAAAUAUUGCAAUCGCGAAGUACAAGCCGUGCACGUUCCCGCCAGUCGUCACGUGCUACGACACGUGCUCGAUCAUUCAGUGGUAGAAGAUCACCGAAACGACUCAUUGCAAAACCCACUAACAAACCAAAGAAGCCUAUAACGAUAGACGAGAUCUACGAAGUCCCAAGAACACUCAUACAUUCCACGGUCGGUCGACAGCCUUUGAAGGACUCACAGCCGAAGAAAGCGGCUGACAAAAAGAAAGACGAUGCGACGGCGUCUAAGAAAUCGAAACACGUGAGAUAUGAAGAAGAUCAGGUUGUUGGAGUGGCAAGUUUAGUCGGGAAAUACGUUACUGCUUCGCCUGACGACGCAUUACCAUGUCACAUCAUCUCAUCAACAUUUCUCAAGAACGGAAAGCUCGUCGCUGCUGACUUAUCUAAUAAGAACAUAAAACUCUACGACGAGAAUUACGAAUUGGAGAGCAUAAUUGAUAUUGAAAACUUUCCUAUAGCGAUGUGCGCAUCGUCUGAUAACCCAUCUGAAAUGUUCGCGUCAUCUGGGAACAUGAUUUAUACGUUUACAACUGCAAAACUGUUUAAAAUGAUCCAAGCGUUCCCAACAGACAUUCGAAGGAUCGAAGGACUAACGACGUGGCAGAAGGGGGUAGCGGCUUUGUUUAAAAACAAGAAGGCACCAAGCGAUAAGAAGGGCCACUUAGAGGUCCAUCUGUUCAACUUAGAGGGACGAGUCCUUUAUCAGAUCGUAGUUAGCAGCCCGUUCAGUGUCCGGCUCGUGACCCCUGUAUGGUACAUAGCGUCCAGCAAUGACGGUUCGGAAAUCGUUUUGUCAGACACCCAAAACAACCGCAUCAUCUCCGUUGAUAUCAUCAACUGGCAGGUGGGGAAUGUCGUGAAAGGACGGGACAAAGGUGGGUGCCCAGGAAGUCUGACAAUGGAUGAAGACGGGGAUCUCCUCAUAGCGUGGUACGGCGAGGUACAUAAAGUAUCUUCUAACGGCCAUGACUUGGGCACCCCGGUAAACAAGGUGCCAAAAGAUGCAGUAAUCGCUUUCAAUAUGACAACGCAUCGUUUGGUUGUUUACACCGGACGAAGUGAAAAUAAAAACAGUACAUUUCAAGUGUACCAGCUUGACUGAUUGGUGAUUCACUAUAUGUUAAGCGAACAGUUUGGAACAUUCUUAACAUUCCAUAAGCUCAUUAAACUUCAUUUGCACGCUUUGGACAAAUGAUGGCGGAGGUGUUCGUUUUUAGUGGAACUUCAUGUGUAUAGAAGUUGAAUACAUUUGCUACACUGGAAUGAUUCGUCCAAAUGAACAUAUUUAAUAAACAAUUUAUUACGUU